AGGGGCUAUUUAAGACCAAGUGGCGGCGCGAGGUACGUUAGUCGCUCGCCUCGUUUGACCGCUGUGUGCGCGCUCUUGUGACCUGUCCGAUUUUGCAAGUGAAAAGCUAUGGCUCGUACCAAGCAGACUGCUCGUAAGUCUACUGGAGGUAAAGCUCCCAGGAAACAGCUUGCUACUAAAGCAGCUAGGAAGAGUGCCCCUUCUACAGGAGGUGUCAAGAAGCCUCACAGAUACAGGCCUGGCACUGUUGCUCUGAGAGAAAUCAGAAGAUACCAGAAGUCUACUGAGCUGUUGAUCCGUAAGCUGCCAUUUCAGCGUCUUGUGAGGGAAAUUGCUCAAGACUUCAAGACUGAUCUGAGGUUCCAAAGUGCAGCUAUUGGUGCUCUCCAGGAAGCAAGUGAGGCUUACCUUGUUGGCCUAUUUGAAGAUACCAACUUGUGUGCUAUCCAUGCAAAGAGAGUAACCAUUAUGCCAAAGGAUAUACAGCUAGCAAGGAGAAUCCGUGGAGAACGUGCUUAAUUUUUGUUGGGAGUUCUGUUUUUGAUCUUAGUUUCUUGUUUUUGUUCUGAAAUUUCUUUUUUUUACAAAUUGUACAUAAGUGUGUCUUUAUUUUAUAAAGGGUUUGUUAAUUGUAGGGUAGUUGACAGUAAACUGGUAGUGAACAUUUUAUAUGACAUUCCCUUACUCCUCAGGUUUUUCAGAAAAUUUGUAUCUUCAGCUAGUUUUGUGACCCUCUUCAUUAAAUCUGGUCAGCAUGCUUAAUCUAAUUUCUUUACAUACCCUAUCUUUCAUUGUAACUCCAUUGUAAAUAAACUUUCCACUACCUCAA